AUGAAAGGACGUAAGAGUUCUGCAUCUAAAUUUGAUAGAAAAGAGUUUGAUUAAAGAACAUUAAGUGCUGCAGUGAAUUUAAUAGUUUAUGGAUGUCAUGUUCAAAAAUAUAAUAAAUCAAAUAGAAAACCAAUAUCUAGAUUAUAUUAUUUAUAUGAAGAAGACAUGGAUUAUUUAUAGUAUCUCCAUGCAGGAAGACCAUUUGCAUAAUGUAGAAUUCCAUUAUUAGAUAUCAUUGAAAUAAGAGAAACUCCAACGACAGAGUCAUUUUAAAAUCUACCUUAUUAAAGAACUCUCUAAAUAACAUUUGCUAUUAAAAAGCACACUAUUUUGUUUAAUACAAAAGAUGAAAGGGAUUUAUUUUGGCAAGGUUUGUAGUAUUUUAUUGAUGUGGCAGAACAUAAUUUGAUAAGAGAUAUAAAAAGCACUAACGAUAAUCCAAUUAUUGAAUAAAUUACCUUAAAGUAAAUAAAAGGUAUGCUUCCAUAAUUAUCAAUUACAAAAUAAGAAGUAAGUAUAUCUAAAACUAUUCACAGCUUAAAAGCCUUUUUAAUCAAUACGAUUUGGAAAGAAGAGGAUACAUUUCGAGUUCUAAUUAUUAGGAUUUACUUAAGAGAUUGAUGAACCAAGAUUUUGUUAGAUUUCUAUUCGAUAGAUAUGCAGUAUAAUAAAUGAACAAAUCAGAAUUUAUAAAAUUCUUAACAAAUGAAUAAUCUCCUUAUUAAAAAUAAUGUGAAGAUGCAUUUAGAUUAUUUGCUAAAUAAGAUGGAAAUAACUUUUCAUUAUCCUUUUUAGAAUUCUUAAAUUAUCUAUUAAGUACUUACAAUUAAUUGUUUGAUUAUCAAAAAACAUAAAUUUAUUAAUCAGAAGAUUAUCCUUUGACUGAUUAUUGGAUAAACUCUUCUCAUAAUACUUACUUAAUGGGAGACUAAUUGACUAGUGAAAGUUCGAUAUAAGCAUAUAUAAAUGCUUUUUAGAAAGGUUGUCGAUGUGUAGAAUUAGAUUGUUGGGAUGGAGAUAAUAAUUAACCUAUAAUUUAUCAUGGGUUUACAAUGACAUCUAAAAUAUCAUUUGAAUCAGUUAUCUAAACUAUAAAAGAGUAUGGUUUUAAAUAUUCUAAAUAUCCUUUAAUUCUCUCACUUGAAGUUCAUUGUUGUGUUAAAUAAUAGGAUGUAAUGGCAGAUAUUUUAAAGACUUAUCUAAAUGAUAAUCUCUUACUAUUACCAGAUGAUUAUAAAUCUUCUGAAUACUAUCCAAAACUAAAUUAACUUUAUUAUAAGGUUAUUAUAAAACACAGAGGUAAAAUGAACUCUAGUCUAUAAUAUCGAGAAAGAUUUACAUCUAUUUCUCCAAUUAAUAUUAUUUCACCUGCUUUUGACGAAUCUGAAAGUCCAGAUGUUAUUAAAAGACCUAGUUUAUCUAUUUAAAAUGAUUAGUAAUUAAAUACACCUACUACACUUAUACCAAGAUCGCAAAAAUCAUUUAAGAGACAAGAUCAUGGAUUGCCAUUAAAUUAAUAUAAAAAUACGAUAAAUCUUUAUUAAAUAGAAGAGGAGAUAUAACCUAAUAAAAUAAUACAUAAAACAAAAACAGAGACAACAUUAAGACCUAAAUAUAAGAUUUCAAAUAUUGAAACUCAAUUUAAAUUUGAUGCACCUAAUCCGAGAUGUUAGAUGGUUUAAACACCACUAAAAGUUGAUUCUGAUGAAGAUAUAUCUAUUGAUAAAGCUAAAAAAGAGAAAGCGGAAAGUCUUAAGAUGAGUUCAAUAACAGCUUUAUUUGGAGCAGCAAUUAAGUAAUAAAUAAGAACUGUAUGGGAGAUCUCUUCUUUAGAUGAAAGUAAAGUCAAUGAAAAUCUACUUGAAUUUCAUAGAAAAUACUUUACUCGAAUAUAUCCUUCUGGUUCAAGAGUAGAUUCUAGUAAUUAUGAUCCAAUACCAGCUUUUAAUAGUGGAUCACAAAUAGUGGCACUCAAUUUUCAAACUAAUGAUAUGCCUAUGUUAUUAAAUAUGUGUAAAUUUAUGGAAAAUGGAGGAAUUGAAUCUGGAUAUGUUUUAAAACCAUAAUGGAUGAGAUCUGAAGGUAAAAAAAAAAUAAAUGAAUUUACAACAAUUCAAUUAUCAUUCACACUUAGUUUAUUAGUUGGAUAUAAUCUUGGAUAAUUAAAUGUAUUUGUAUAGUCUCUAUUUUAAGAAUUAAAAUGCAAAAGUCAACCCUUAAAUAAAAAUAUCAAUACGAGGUCUUUAGUAGGAUGAAUAGAAUAAUAAACUUCAAAUUGCAAACAUCUCCUAAAAUGGAUUAAAUCCUUAAUUUAAUUUUAUCUAUAAAUACAAUAUAAAAUGCCCAGACUUGGCAUUUUUAGUAUUUGAGGUACUCGAUGCUAGUAAAACCUUCUUAGGAUGGAGUGCCAUACCUCUCUCAUGUAUUUCUUAUGGUUAUAGGGCUGUUCAAUUACUAAGUUAAUACAUGAAACCUUUACCUAAGAGUUGUCUACUUGUUCAUGUUUAAAAACACUGA